AGCCCGUCUUGGCUCGCCCCCCGUCCUCUUAGGGGCCGCUGCCUCGGAGAGAGGCGGCUACCCGUCUGGGCCGCUCGCGUUCCCGGCAGGGAGCCCGACACUCUCCCCCUCGGGGCCCCCCCCAAGCCCUCCAGGGGUCUCCGCGAGGGCGCGCAUGGCCGGCCUGGGGAUGGACCUGCAGCCGGACGACACGAGGGCCUUCGCGCUCACGCCCUAUGCGGCGCAGGGCGACGAGCGCGGCUGCCUGCGCGUCAUGGAGGCGGACCCAGGCUCCGUCAACGAGGUCGGCCUGGACGGCACGUCACCGUUGUGCGCGGCGGCGAUGUGGGG